UCGACGGAUGAUCCAAUGGAUUAUCAAUUAAAUACUGCCAUUACAAACGCAUACGUUCAUCAAGCAUUCGAAAAAAAAAUUGUAGGACCUGAUUUUGCAGAAAGUGGACUGGAGCAAGUAAUUAAAAACAUCAUUGGGGACGAUAUUACUUAUGGUUUAGGAGCUAUUUUGAAUAUGAUCGCUAUACCGGAUACUCCAUACAAAGAAGACUUUGAGGAAAGUGCAAGAAACCAAACAGCUUUACGAGAAAAAAUACAAAGUGAAUUAGAUAUUCAACUUCCUCCAGUUCCAUCAGGUCUUACACCAUUACCUUUGAAAGAGCUUGGAAUACGAAGGAGAAAAUAUACCAUACAAGCUUUAAGGAAUAUAUUCUCUCAGGUCGUAGAAGCGCAAUUAUCUCCAUUAUGGUUAUGCCGUUUGACAGCGUUGUUCGUGAGCACAAAAUUCCCAAUGGCAUACAUAAGAGAUAUUCAGACUGGCCCCAAUGUGUGUUUCACCUAUGAUGGGGUUGCAGCCGAUGCAUACAGAAAAAUUGGGGGCGAGUGGCGUCAUUUCGUCGGCGAUAUUAAUUUGUCCAGCAUUAAGGAUGUGUUUGUUUAAUUUAGAUAAUUUACAUCAGCAUUCAAUUAUGUAACUACUAUCUAGUACCACUGUUGUUUUAUUUAAAUAAUAUUUACAUUAUGCACUAAUAUCCGAGUUGUUAAUUCACAAAUGAUUGCAGUUUUUAAUAAACAACUUUACCCACGAUUAUAA